CGGGUAGCGGAAGUAGGUGACCCCCAGCAGAGAUCGACUAGUCACGCUUUCGAAAGCAAGAUGUCCGCCUCAGCAGAUUCACAAUACGGCCAAUAUGGUGGUGCCCAACAGCAGCAGGCUGCAGGUGCGUAUGCUGGUUACCAACAACUAGAUGCCCAGCAAGCUACAGGUUAUACAGGAUAUGCACAGGCUUAUGGUCAACAGCAACAGCAGCAACAACCACAGCAGCAACAACCACAGCCACAACAGAGUACUGGUUAUGACCAAACUGCAUAUGCUCAGGCAGGAACAAAUUAUUCACAGCCCGGUGGUAAUACUGCCACAGGUGCUGGUGGCUACACUCAACCUGCACAAGCCUAUGGAACACAACAAGGAUAUGGUCAAGCUGCACAAGGACAAGCAGGGUACAGCCAACCAGCAACAGCAAGUAGUGGGGCAUAUGGACAAAAUACUGCCCAAGGAAUGUAUGGGCAAUCAGCAAGCACUGGGUAUGGUCAAACAGCACAACCAUAUGGGGAUCAAAGUCAACAACAAAGUAGUGGAGUGAGUAGUGGGAAUUAUGGUCAAGCAGCUUAUGGAGCAGCAUCUCAAGGAGGUUAUGGACAAAGUGCUAGUCAAGGUUAUGGUGGACAACAAUCACAAGACCAUAGUUCUGGUGGUUACGGACAAUCUGGGGACCAAAUGUACGGUAAUUUAGGUGGCUAUGGUGGUUCCAGUCAAGGUGGUGGUGGUGGUGGUUAUCAGCAGCAAGAUUAUCGUGGUUCACGUGGUGGAGGAAGAGGCAGAGGUAGUUUUGGUGACAGAAGCGGAGGUGGUGGAGGUGGCUACAAUAAGGGUUUUUCUGGUGGUAGUGGAUAUGGAAGUAGCAGUGGCGGCGGCGGCGGUGGUUCAUAUGGUUCCGGUGCAUUAAUGGAGCAACAACACGACACUGUAUUUGUAAGUGGAUUGUUAAAGACAGUAACUGAAGAGCAACUGGCUGAACAUUUUGGUCAGAUUGGCGUGAUCAAGAAUGAUAGGCGGACGAAUAAACCGAAGAUUUGGAUGUAUAUGAACAAAGAAACUGGUGAACCCAAAGGUGAAUGUACAAUCACAUAUGAUGAUGCGAGUGCAGCGAAAGCAGCAAUUGAAUGGUUCAAUGGCAAACCUUUGGCCGGUAAUGGUCCAGAGAUUAAAGUGGAAUUUGCCCAGAGAAAGGCAUGGCAACCUGGUGGUGGUGGUGGUGGUGGCGGCGGCGGCGGUGGUGGUGGUGGCCGUGGACGUGGUGGUGAUAGAGGCCGUGGUGGAUUCCGAGGUGGCCGUGGAGGCGAUCGCGGUGGUGAUCGUGGAUUCCGUGGUGAUAGAGGUGAUAGAGAUGGCGGUGGCGCUCCAAGAGAUGGUGAUUGGCAAUGUAAUAAUGAUGGAUGCAAGAAUUCUAACUUUGCGUGGAGACAUCAGUGUAAUCUGUGUGGAGCGUCCAGACCCGAUGGCAUGGGUGGAGACGGCGGACGUGGGCGAGGGCGUGGUGGUGACAGAGGACGUGGAGGAUUUGGUGGACGUGGGCGAGGCCCACCAAGAGGACGUGGUGGUGAUCGUGGGCGUGGUGGACCACCAAGAGACAGAAUGGAUGGCGAUAGACGUGACCGUAGGCCUAAACCAUACUAAAGAAAAUUAUCCUCGUGAUAUCACGAUUUUUAUCUUGUCAAGAUAUUAUUUAAUUCAUACAGACUUUUGAUUUGGAUAAAAGCCUCAGAUAAGAGGAUUUAAGUAACAUGCAUAUUAAUGUUUUUGUAAUGUCUGUGACUAAGUCUGAUAUCCUGUAGUUUUAAAAACCGCUCCAAUCAUGUCUGUUAUUUCAUUCAUUCCACUGUGCAAGAGUUUGCGUUGUCCAUGCGUUUUCACAAUGUACAGGUGCUUCAUUACAAAUUUUGACAUUGGAUGGUUUUUUUCUUGAACUCGUUAACACUUUUUAUAUUUCGGAAUAAUUUUAUGUUAUAAAAAUCUUGUGAUGAUUGACAUCCUUAUACAAAGAAUUUAACUUGAACAUUUUCAAUAAGUGGUUUGAUUCCAAAUGAAAGAGGGAGGGGGGGGGGGUUUGUUUUAGAAUUUAUAAAAAACUGAAAACAGUUUCAGAGUAUUACUUGUGUAUUCAUCAUUUAUGUGUAUUUACUUUCUACUUGACUUAAAAAUAAGUAAAUUGUCAAAUAAAAUAAGUUCGCUCCCAAGGAAAA